CAAACAUAAAUUUUCGACGGCCACGCGGACCUCUUGGAUCCGCGCUGGGCCCGCCUGGCGGAGCCUCCAGCUCCACCCCUGGCGCGCUCCGCGCGCCAGAGAGGGGGUUCUAGCACGAAUCCAAGAAGUCCGCGCGCAUCGUCAAAAGUUUACGUUGAUGCUCUUCCUCUGCGCGCCUAGUUCAGGCAGCUUGUCUUUUUUGUGAGGUGCUGGUGUGCUGGGCUGGUGCGUCUCUCUUUGAACACCCGCCGCGCCUCGUGGCCCGAGCCCUGCCCCCGCACAUCCGUACACCCUUGCCGCCGCGGCCCCGCGUCGCUCGAAGAGAUGGCUCCCGUCCGCGCCGCCCUGGCGGCCGUGGCCGCGCUGGCGCCGCGCGCCGGCGCCGUGUCCCUGCGGGGCGUGGAGGAGGCCGGGGGCCUCGCGCUGCCGCUGCAGCUGGAGUCCGGGCACGUGCCCCUCUUCGUGAAGUGGGAGGAUUAUCUCGGAGAGGACUUGCACAAUAUCAAUUUCGUGCAGGUGGGUGGCAACUGUGGUACCAAUUUGCCUGAGUGUGCUGUCGGCGGCGACCCCAUCUGGGAGUACGCCACGCGUUUCGCGUGGAAAGGCAUCGUGAUCGAACCAGUGCCGCGCAUAUUCGCGAAGCUCAGCGAAAACUACAAGCCAUUCCCGAGCAUCAAGCCCGUGCACUGCCUGGUUAGCGACCACUCGGGCGCGGGCAAGAUCAUCGACCACUCUGAGAUCUCUCACGAGAUCAGCCUGUCGCGCAAGAACGGGGUGGAGGUAGAGACAUUCACCUUGGUGGACUUGUGGAACGAAAAGUUCGGCAGCGACGAGAAGAAGGUCGACAUUCUGGUCGUCGACGCCGAGGGCAACGAGCCGAAGAUCCUCGGCGGCCCGAUCCCGGAGCCGCGCCCAAGCUUCGUGCUGUUCGAGAUCUCCAGCCUCAAGGCCGAGGAGCUCAAGUCGAUCGACGACAACCUGCACAGCUACGGCUACGAGCUCGUCGAGCAACUGAGGCACCAGGACCCCCUCGGCAAGAACAUGCCCCCGCAGGACGCGCUCUACAAGCUGGUCAAGUGAGGCCGCCCCCGCGGGCCAGGGCCGUCGCGCUGCCCGGCGCGGGCGCGCCCGGCGCCGGUUCUUGGCGAGGCCCCGGCGGCCGAGCCAGGUCCGCAGGGCUCUGGUUCCCUGCGUCGCAGCGCUCGGGGAGCCGCGCGCCCCGCUGUGUCCCAGCAGCGCCGCUGGCAGCGGCGCUCGCUUCUCCGCCUCUGCGCAGGCGCACCUCUGACGCGCACGGCUUCUCCGUCUCUCCCCGGGCGUCUGGUCUCCCCAGGCUCUUCUCUCUCCCUUGCCCUCCCUGUCACGUCUGGGGGGGUGCGGCCCCGGGCUCAUCCGACUGGCGCCGCGCGCUUUUGCCGCCACGGCCUCGGCGCGCCGUCGCCUCCCCAUCUCGGUUGGCGCUGCUCCUCUCCGCGGCCGCGCGCGCGAGGAAGUCACCCUGGGGGCCCCGACCAUUUGUUUGUUUCCGUGCACCCGGGGCCAUCGCCGGCUACACGUACGAGUGGGGUGGGCCUUCCGCGGAGUGGCCUUCGGCGCGGGCCCACGGGGGUCCCCCCAGCACUGGCUUGCGCACCAGAUGAGGGCCCUCUUGCCCAGGGUCGCUGCUGCGCGUGGCCGACCUCGACCGUGCGGGAGCUGGUGCAAAGAUAGGCGCACGUUCUGCCGAGCCAGCGGACAGUACGUUCCAGGACCAUCCGUUCCAUCACCCUCCUG